AUGAUCCCGCUGAUCCCGCGAUUUUUGCGCGUGCGAACGCUGUUGACAGCCUUGGGACUCGCUAUCUUUCUUACCUGGGCAAUAUUGGGAUUCAAAGUCUACAUCCCCAAACCCAUCUCGUCAAAUGCAACUACAGCACUGACACCCGCACAUCAACAAUUCUGGCGGGAAUUCCAUGUUUUGUUAGAGAGAUAUGCGCCCAAUACAGAUCCAAUCAUUGAAUAUGAGAAGGCACCGACGGAAGGGUUCAAUGCUCACAAUGCACUACCGCGACCAGAUACCCUCUACGUCCCAGAGGAAGACAUCAACACCAUGAAAGAAGCGCAUGCCGGGUUCGUUAAUGCGAUCACCGACUCCCCACCUGAACUCCCCUACAUACCCGACACAAAAGGCAUAGUCUCGACAGCAGGGGGUUUCUACCUCCCAGUGCUAGUGAUAUCCCUCCGCAUGCUCCGCCGAACCGGCUCCACGCUACCGAUGGAAGUCUUCCUCUCUGACGAGGACGAGUACGAACCCUACAUAUGCGAUGAAGUGCUACCCUCCCUGAGCGCGCGAUGCGUAGUCUUAUCCCGCAUCCUCAUUGCCACUCCAGCCCAAAUUCAAAAAUAUCAAUACAAACCCUUCGCAAUGCUCUUCUCAUCAUUUGAAGAAAUCCUCUUCCUAGACGCGGAUGCCUUUCCCCUUGAGAAACCGGAGAGUCUUUUCGCUACCGAGCCCUUCCUCUCCAAUGGCAUGGUCACCUGGCCCGACUUUUGGGCUUCCUCCGCCUCCCCAAUCUUCUACGACAUCGCAAACUACCCAGCUCCACCAAUGGACCUACGCCAGUCAACAGAGUCAGGCGAGGUUCUCUUAUCCAAAAAGUCCCAUCUCCGCUCCCUGCUCCUUACAACUUACUACAAUUACCACGGCCCCUCGCAUUACUACCCACUCCUCUCACAGGGCGCUGCGGGAGAAGGUGAUAAGGAAACUUUCAUCGCAGCCGCGACUGCCCUGCACGAAUCCUUCCAUCAAGUCAGCGAGCCUAUUUGUGCUCUCGGCCACGGCACCCACGGUGGUAUGGCGGGCUCCGCAAUGGCCCAGUUUGAUCCCGUACAGGACUUUGCCCUUACAAGCCGCGGGACAUGGCGUAUCAAAGGCGAUGAUGCCCCCGCACCACCUGUCUUCUUUAUCCACGCCAACUUCCCUAAGUUUAAUCCCGCCACCAUUUUCGAGCCCCAUGAGGUGAGCCCCACGUUUACGGAUGAGGGUACUUAUACUCGGGCUUGGACAUUGCCGGUGGAUGUCGUACGCGGGUUCAACAGUAGGGCUGAUGUCGAGAAGGGAUUCUGGGAAGAGAUUCUUUGGACGGCUUGUGAGCUUGAAGAUAAGUUUCAGAGUUGGAUUGAGUAUGAAGGCAUUUGUGAUGGGGUAAAAAGUUACUGGAACACUAUCUUUGUGGAGGAUUGA